AUGAAGAAGAAGAAGAAGAAGAAGAAGAAGAAGAAGAAGAAGAAGAAGAAGAAGAAGAAGAAGAAGAAGAAGAAGAAGAAGAAGAAGAAGAAGAAGAAGAAGAAGAAGAAGAAGAAGAAGAAGAAGAAGAAGAAGAAGAAGAAGACGGAGCACGCCGCGAGCCACUUCUUCCAUGUUGGAGGCAAGAGGGAGAAAGGAGACGGUUCUGCCAAGCACGGAUAG